UCUAUCAAAUAUCCGGUUGCUGAAAUGCGCAGAAGCACCCUGCAGCUGCGUUCCGCGUUGACUGAGCAGAGAGGGGAGGGGAGAAAAAACGGAGAGAGCGAGCGAGCAGCGUAGACGCAGUGGGACACGGAGUCAGAGAAGACUACACCGACGCACAUAGCCACACAACAAAUAAAUAGAGAAUCGACUCGAAAUUGCGCGUCAACGAGCCCGACCCGAGCGGUGUGCGGCCGAAACCUUUUUCACCAUGGAGACUGCGGUAAAAACACAAUCUAAAAUGUGAGAUUUACGAAGGCAAUCAGAAGAGAGCGAGAGAGUGGCUUUACCCCCUUAUCUUGCGCUGGUGAUUUCAAUUCUGUGCUCCGUCGUCGUCGCAGUGUUUCUGGGGUAAAAUGAAGAAGUUUAACAUCAGGAAGGUACUGGACGGCCUAAAGGAGCAAGCGUCUUCCUCGGCUUCGUCUGGCCAGUCGGGCACCCAGGAGAACAAUUUGAUGCAGGAGACCCUUCAGUCCGAGAAUUUUCAACUCUGCAAGACUGUCCGUCAUGGCUUCCCCUAUCAGCCGUCGUCCAUGGCCCAUGACCCAGUCCAGAAGAUCCUGGCCAUUGGGACCCAGAGUGGGGCCCUCAGACUGUUUGGUCGUCCAGGUGUCGAGUGCUACUGUCAACAUGAGAGUGGAGCCGCUGUCAUCUCGCUACAGUUUCUCAUCAAUGAGGGGGCGCUGGUGAGUGCUCUGGCAGAUGACAGCGUGCACCUUUGGAACCUGAGGCAGAAGAGGCCCGCCAUCCUCCACUCACUCAAGUUCAACAGAGAGAGGAUCACGUUCGUCCACCUGCCCUUCCAAAGUAAAUGGCUGUACAUCGGCACAGAGAAAGGAAACAUCCACAUCGUCAACGUGGAGUCCUUCACACUCUCAGGCUACGUCAUCAUGUGGAACAAAGCCAUCGAACUAUCCUCCAAGGCCCACCCAGGUCCUGUGGUCCACAUAAGUGACAACCCCAUGGAUGAGGGAAAGCUUAUAAUUGGAUAUGAGUCUGGGAUCGUGGUCUUGUGGGAUCUGAAAUCAAAGAAGGCAGACUACCGGUACACUUAUGACGAGGCGAUCCACUCGGUUGCCUGGCAUCAUGAGGGCAAGCAGUUCAUCUGUAGUCACUCAGACGGAACGCUCACCAUAUGGAACAUUAAGGGCCAGGGCAAGCCAUUUCAGACGAUCACCCCACACGGAAAACAGCCCAAGGAUGGAAAGAAGCCAGAGCCUUGCAAACCCAUCCUCAAAGUGGAGUACAAGACCACUAGACUGGGAGACCCAUUUAUGAUCCUGUCCGGAGGUCUGUCUUAUGACACGGUGGGUCGGCGGCCAUGUCUGACGGUGAUGCAUGGGAAGAGUACAGCCGUGCUGGAAAUGGAUUACCCCAUCGUAGACUUCCUCACGCUCUGUGAGACGCCAUACCCUAACGAUUUUCAGGAACCUUAUGCUGUGGUGGUCCUUCUAGAAAAGGAUUUAGUGGUGAUCGACCUUGCACAAAAUGGUUACCCCAUAUUCGAGAACCCCUAUCCACUGACCAUCCACGAGUCUCCUGUGACCUGUUGUGAGUACUAUGCUGACUGCCCUGUGGACCUCAUACCCGCACUUUACUCUGUUGGCUCCAGACAGAAGCGACAGGGCUACAGCAAAAAGGAAUGGCCCAUAAGUGGUGGUAACUGGGGCCUUGGCACACAGAGCUACCCUGAGAUCAUCAUCACUGGGCAUGCUGAUGGGACUGUGAAGUUUUGGGAUGCUUCUGCAAUAAUGCUCCAGGUACUAUACAAGCUGAAGACGGCCAAGGUGUUUGAGAAGAGCAGGAAUAAUAAGGAGGAAAAGCAGAACACAGAGAUUGUGGAUGAGGACCCGUUUGCCAUCCAGAUCAUGGCCUGGUGUCCUGAGAGCAGGAUGCUGUGUGUGGCCGGGGUGUCUGCCAACCUCAUCAUAUACCGCUUCAGCAAGCAGGAGAUCACCACCGAGGUCGUACAGCUUUUGGAGGUGCGUUUGCAGUACGAGGUGAAUGACAUGGAGUCCCCUCCAGAGGGGGGAGGAGGGGGUGACCGUGACCUGCCCACCCCCGGAGCAGCCUCACCCAGCCCCCAGACCACCGGACCCCCGACACACCCCUCCACCAGCAGCAACUCCUCUGACGGGGUCCGAGACAACGUGCCCUGCCUUAAGGUGCGUAGUACCCCUCUAAAGCAGUCUCCAGGGUACCAGGUAGAUUUGGUGGUGCAGCUGGUGUGGGUGAGUGGAGAGCCCCCCCAACAGAUCACAAGCUUGGCCCUCAACUCCUCCUACGGCCUGAUUGUGUUUGGGAACAGUAAUGGUCUGGCGGUGGUGGACUACCUCCAGAAGACAGUGCUGUUGAACCUGGGGACCGUGGAGCUGUAUGGGUCUAACGAUCCCUACCAGAGACAGCCUCGCUCUCCACGCAAGACACGCCAGCCUUCCGGAGGCCUGUGUGAUAUCAACGAGGGCUCUGCCUCGGAAGACCGCUGCAAGUCCCCCACUUCAGUGUUGGCGUUAAACCAUCAGCAAUUCUACAAUGGAAGUGGGGGUAGAGGAGCAAAGAUGUCACGGAAAUUAAGCUUGCCUACUGAGCUAAAGCCAGACUUGGUCCUCCUGUCUGUAUGUCCUCCGCGGGGCGCCAACCCACUAGACCACCGGGACAACUCCUUCAGCCGUUCACGCUCCUCCUCCGUCACCUCCAUUGACAAGGAGGCACGCGAGGCCAUCACCUCCUUCCACUUCUGUGAGACAUUCGCUCGGAAGGGGGACAGCACCAUCACACCCUGCCUGUACGUGGGCACUUCCCUGGGCACAGUCCUGGCUGUGGCCCUCAACCUGCCUCCUGCUGGGGAACAGAGGCUACUGCAGCCUGUCAUUGUCUUGCCUAGCGGUACCCUGGGGCGUCUGAAGGGCAGUAUCCUGAGGAUGGCCUUCCUGGACAACACGGGCACCUUCCUUCCCCCUGCCUUCGAACUGUGGUACGAGCCCAACGCCGUGGGCGCCGACAGUGAGGAGCGAGACAAAGCCCGUAAACGCCGCCCGGUCUCUGUCUCGCCCUCCACCUCCCAGGAGCUGCAGGAGAGCCAGUAUGCGGUGGUGUGCUCUGAGAAACAGGCUAAGGUCAUAGCACUGCCCUCCCAGAACUGCAUAUUCAAGCACAGCAUCACAGAGACAUCGUUCGUCCUGAGGGCUGACGUGGUCCAGAUGAACAUAGGGAACUGUGUGGCCUGUUUCUGUGCUAACGGACACAUCAUGACCCUCAGUCUGCCGGGGCUGAGACCGUUGCUUGAUGUAAACUACCUGCCGCUGACAGACAUGCGGAUAGCCCGGACCUUCUGCUUCACCAACCUGGGCCAGGCCAUGUACCUCACCUCCCCCACUGAGAUACAGAGGAUCACAUACAGCCAGGAGACCUGCGAGAACCUGCAGGAGAUGCUAGGAGAACUAUUCACACCAGUGGAGACCCCGGAGGCUCCCAACCGAGGAUUCUUCAAGGGGCUUUUUGGGGGAGGAGCAACUUCCCUGGACAGAGAGGAGCUAUUUGGUGAGAUGCAGGCGGGUAAAGCAUCCCGUGGCCUUGCCCAGCACAUCCCGGGUCCUCAGGGCCUGGAAGGCAUGAAGGGGGCAGCCUCGGGCGUGGUGGCGGACCUGGCACGUGCCCGGAUAGCGCUGGACGAGAGAGGGCAGAAACUGGGCGAGCUGGAUGAGAGGACGGCCGCCAUGCUGGCCAGCGCAGACUCCUUUGGCAAACACGCCCACGAUAUGAUGCUGAAGUGCAAAGACAAGAAGUGGUACCAGUUCUGAUCUGAAAGAGGGGAGCAGAGCCAAAGGGACACUGCUUCAUCCGGACUCUACAUGCCCCCCUCCUCCAUCUCUCCGUCCAUACAUCCUUCCAUCUCUCCUUCCUUCGCUGGACACGUGGGAUACUCUUCCCUAGCACAAUGUUGUAUACUGUAUUUACCUCAGUCAUAAGGUUUCAUAUGAGGAACGGACUAGAGAGAAGGACAAACUGGAAAAAAAGGUGUCCUUUUUAUUGUUAUAUUUUGUUUGUUUUCCCCUCUGUGGCCAGCCAGUUGGUUGGAGCUCUGGGAUUCCCUCAUCCUCAUUCGCCAAAAUGUUCUGUGCGGUCGUCUCUGCUCCAACCAAUCCUGGGCCAGUAUACUAAAGACAAAAACAGACACAACUGAGAAAAAAAUUAACAACGAAGAAAAAACAACUACAAAAAAAAUCUCAAAAAGGAAAAAGAUGAAAAAAAAAAAAGAUAUAUAUAUAUAUAC